AUGAUGUAUCCGAAUAAGGGUUACAAAUAUUCCAAAGACAUGUCUUAUAAAACAAGUGGCAUUUCCACAGAUGUUCGUAGUGGAUACACAGAGCAACAGCAACAACAAUACGUCAAAUAUCUCAAACAACUGAAAGAUGAAUUCGAACAAAGAUGGUGUGCAAAACCUAGGUUUAGUAUCACAUUUUCUGAACUAGAUCGUGUACGGACCUUAGGUACUGGCGCUUUUGGGAGAGUAGUUCUAUUAAAACAUACCAAAUCUGGAAAAUUCUAUGCUAUGAAAGUGCUCGACAAAGAGAAAAUAAUCAAACUGAAGCAAGUUGAACACACAUUGUCUGAGAAGAGAGUACUAGAGGCUAUACGGUUCCCGUUCACGGUUUCAAUGGAGUUUAGUUUUAAAGAUAACAGUUAUAUAUACUUUGUUAUGCCUUUCGUGUCAGGCGGUGAAAUGUUUACGCACUUACGACGAAUGGGAAAGUUCGAGGAACCUUUAGCGAAAUUUUACGCUAGUCAAGUAAUUUUAGCACUGGAAUAUCUUCACUUCUGCAACAUUGUUUAUCGUGAUUUGAAGCCCGAGAAUAUCCUCAUCGAAAAGAACGGCUAUUUGAAAAUCACAGAUUUCGGUUUUAGUAAAAUCUUACAUGGAAGAACGUGGACUUUGUGUGGUACUCCUGAGUAUCUGGCCCCUGAGUUAAUAUUGAGUAAGGGUUAUGGUUUCUCGGUGGACUGGUGGUCUUUUGGAGUUCUGCUAUAUGAAAUGAAUGCUGGAUACCCACCAUUUUUCGCUAACGACCCCAUGAAGACGUAUGAGAGAAUAGUCGCUGGUAAAUAUAGGUGUCCUUCGAAUUUCAAUGCUGAUCUUCGAGACCUCGUCCGAAGCACUCUACAAGUGGAUAUCACCAAGCGUUUUGGAGUAAUGAAAAAUGGGGUAAUGGAUUUCAAAAAUCAUAGAUGGUUUACGGGAAUCGAAUGGGAAGCGAUACUUAAUUGCAAAUUCCCUGCUCCAUUUGUUCCUAAAUAUAAAUCCCCUGGUGACACGACUAACUUCGAACGUUACGAAGAAGAGUCGCUAAAACCUGCACCGUACUGUCGUUUUGAAUCUGAAUUCAGCGACUUUUAG